AUGGAUAACAAGCGGAAGGCCAGUGGUGCGAAUGGUCCCGAUGCUGGCGCCGACGCUGCUGAUCGAGUCGCCAAGCGUCGCAAACUGAUAGAGGAGUUUGGCGACCUUGCAAACGGCGAGUCUCCUCAGUCGACCACCGCCUAUGGAUUGAACAUCCUCGAAUCAAUCAGAGCAACUACCGAUAAGAAUGGCCGUGCAGUCUCGCCCUUCUUCGAGCGCAUCCCCACACGUAGUCAGGACCCUCAAUAUUACAAGACUAUACGACUCCCGCUGUCCCUCGAGAUCAUCGAGCGCAAGCUAAAGAAUCAUCAAUAUGCCAACCUCACUGCCCUUGAGAGUGACUUCAAGCGCCUUGUAUCCAAUGCGAAGGAAGUCACUGAUCGUAACUCGGUCAAUUUCGGUGAUGCAGAGCGCAUUCGCAAGGCUGUCAGCAACCUGAUGGUCAAGCAGAAUCCUGCAUACAAGUUGGGCAAUUAUCAAGCGACUGCUACUCCGUUGCCUCCCAGUCCCGGCCCCGAGGACCUCGAAGAAGAAGAUGCAGAGGGCGAGGAGGAUCCAGAGAUGCCGGACUCCACUACUGGCGAUGAGCCUAAUACUGCAGAGGCUCAAGACGAGAACGAAGAGGACGAAGGUGACGAAGAUAACAAUGAUGAUGAAAACGACGAGGAGAACGACGAGGAUGGCGAGGGAGGUGACGAGGAAGAUGACGAGGAAGAAGAGGAAGAUGCUGGGGAGGACGAUGAGCGCCCCGAGCCUAAACGACGUGGUGGUAGGAGUCAGGCACCACCGAGCCGACAAGCCAGAAACUCCUCAGUCACGCAACCUCAACGAGGAGCGCCUCGCGGUCCACGCCCUGGCAAGGCCGGGCACCACUAUGAGGGCGUACCAUUCAAGGGCCUUGGUUUCCAGCAGGCACAAGAGAAGGUCGUAGAAGAAAUCAUCCGCAAGAAGGAUGACGCUGAGUAUCCCUACUUUGAUGCGUUCAUCAAUCUACCGCCUCGAACGCUGAAAGAUUACUACGAGGUGAUUGCCGAGCCGUUAUCUCUCAAUCAACUCCGGAAGCAGGUACGGGGUCAGCAUGGCAGGGGAGAAGCCACCUACAUCAGCGAUUUCAAGACUUGGGCUGCCCUCGAGGACCAAGCGAGCCUAAUCUGGAAGAAUGCCUACCACUAUAACGAGGACGGUAGUGAGAUAUCGCUCAUGGCCAAAGAGCUAGAGGAUAUGUUCACUGAACUGGUAAAAGAGGCCAAGCAACAUGUGCAAGAGCCCCCUCAGCAACCGAAAAUCAAGCUGAAGUUGCCGCAAAGCUCGGAAACACCUGGACAUCCUAAGAAGAUCACGAUCCAUGUGGGUGGCAAGGCCAGCGCAACGGGAUCACCGGCUCCGGUUACGGGCCAGUCAGCGGACGGCGAAGCGACUCGCAACGGCACGCCCAUUGGAAGAAACCCCUUUGGUGGUGUUGGCUCGACAGGAACAUCGAUCAGCCUCAGUCAGCUUGAGAAGGCACGAAGUAUGUCAACGUCUGCCGGUCCGCCUAGCCCUUCUGCGAUAGGAAUGGCGAAAGCUGAGGAGGCUGCCCGUCCGAUACGACCGUCGCCAGCCAUAACGCCGCAACCUGCAGGAAUAACGUUCCAACAAUUCGCACCGCCGGUCAUGCAUCACCCUCAGGGCUUGGGCUCAAUGCCAAUGCCAAAUGGCCCUAAUUAUAUGGCUCCUCAUCCGCCCCCGCAGCAGCGGCAGCAGCAGCAGCCGCCUCCUCCCCCGAGAAGGACUGCGGCGGACAUUCUCGAGGCCCAAAAGUACAGGACGACACCCCUCCAAAAGGAAACCGAGGCUCUGAUGCCCAAAUUUGUCAUUACCUCGCACCCGGCCCUUCAGCUGGAGAAUCGAUUAUCCAUCACCAUCCCUGCGAGCCUGACUGAAAUUCAACAGGAGCUUAUCCUCAAUGCGCCUUCUAGCCAUUUCCGUUUACAGCUGAGACCGCAGGUAUCUACGUUCCUGGAGGCACAGCAGCGGGAGUGGAGGCUGAACGUAUUUCACGAUGGAGUGCGUCUACAUCCAUCAGCGGUUUCUUUUGAGAGACGCGGGGAGCCAGUCUUUGAUGUCAGCUUGCGGUACGGUACCAAUCGGCUCGAGGCAUCGCUUGUUGCGGCGCUGCCGAAAGGACAAAUCGGUCCGCACAGUCUGAACAUGGAGUUGGAGAAGUUCGUGGUGCUUUUCAACUUGCUCAGACACCAAUGA